AUGUCCCACGACCAGGCUACCGCGAAAUCAGCCGAAGUGCCCGCCAGCGUGGACUUAAGGGAUCUUUGCCAAGCUCUUAUGUCCGUCCUGGAGACAAGUCAAUCCUCCACGGACACACUGCCUCUGUUGAAACCGGGGGACAAUUUCGACGUUUGGUACCCGCAAGCAAACGUUCAUUUAGCCUCCGUUGCAGCCAAAGACCGUGCGCAGUACAUAUACCACCACCUCUCGACGGAGGCGCUAACAAAGGCCUCUGCUUUCGGUGUCAAGUUCGACACCGACGUGGAUUCGCUGUUGAGCGCCCUUGGGCGCGUUUUUGCAACGCCCAAGCCCCCAGUCGACGCGUACAGGCAGUUCUCGUCCCGUCUUCAGCUCCCUGGGGAGAGUGCCAGAGAUUAUUUGGGCUGUCUUUGCCCUUCGAUAUUGGCGGCCUUUCCUGACCAGCCAACGAGCCUGACUGAUGUUGUUCUCGCCGCCCACUUCCGCGCUGGUUUAUUGGACGAUAACCUCCGCCGCAAAUUGAUUAAAUAG